ACACCGCGGGGAGAUGCCCGAGGUCCGACUAGCGACGGAGGCGUGGCCGGAGGCUCGUGCCCCGAGCGCGGUGGGCGCGCGUUUGGGGGUUCGGGCGAGUUUCCAAAGGGCGUUCGAAGAAGGACGAGGGUGUACCUGUAAGAUGAGUAACCCAAAGCCUCAAGAGGAGACAUCACCCACCAAAGGGCACUUCUAGCCCAGUGAGCUUCAGACCAGUAUGUCCCUUGUGCAGGUGUCUGGAGGAGCCUGAGCCACAACGUGUAUUCGUCGUGCUGAGCUCUUGGUGCCAUGUUCGGGAAGAGGAAGAAGAGGGUGGAGAUCUCUGCCCCAUCCAACUUUGAGCACCGUGUGCACACGGGCUUUGAUCAACAUGAACAGAAAUUCACAGGGCUGCCCCGCCAGUGGCAGAGCCUGAUUGAAGAGUCGGCCCGUCGGCCCAAGCCACUUGUUGACCCUGCCUGCAUCACCUCCAUCCAGCCUGGAGCUCCCAAGACCAUCGUGCGAGGCAGCAAAGGUGCCAAGGAUGGGGCCCUCACCCUACUGCUGGACGAAUUUGAGAACAUGUCCGUGACUCGCUCCAACUCCCUGCGCAGAGACAGCCCGCCUCCCCCUACCCGAGCCCACCAGGAGAAUGGGAUGCCAGAAGAGCGGAGCACCCAGGCCAGAGGGGCCUUGGAGAAGCCUGGAGGCAAAUGCCCAGCCAAGGGCCGCAGUGAGGCUGGCAGUGGCAGCGGCAGUGGUGACAGGCGGCGGGUGGGGCCAGAGAAGAGGCCCAAGUCUUCUAGAGAGGGUCCUGCAGGAUCCCUGGAGUCCUCCCGGGACAAGCGCCCCCUCUCUGGGCCUGAUGUCAGCACCCCACAGCCUGCUAGUCUGCCCAGUGGGGCAAAAUUGGCAGCUGGCAGGCCUUUUAACACAUACCCACGGGCUGAUACGGACCAUCCACCCCGGGGUGCCCAGGGGGAGCCUCACAAUGUGGUCCCCAAUGGGCCAUCAGCUGGGGUCCUGGCUGCCCCUCAGUCCUCUUCUCGGCCACCCACACGAGCACAUGGCACCCCCAGCCCUGGAGUGCUAGGCCCCCAUGCCUCUGAGCCCCAGCUGGCUCCUCCAGCCCGUGCCCUUGCCACCCCUGCUGCACCCCCUGUCCCUGGGCCCCCUGGACCACGGUCACCUCAGCGGGAGCCCCAGAGAGUAUCUCAUGAGCAGUUCCGGGCUGCCCUGCAACUAGUGGUAGACCCAGGGGACCCACGCUCCUACCUGGACAACUUCAUCAAGAUCGGUGAGGGCUCCACCGGCAUCGUGUGCAUUGCCACUGUGCGCAGCUCUGGCAAGCUGGUGGCUGUCAAGAAGAUGGACUUGCGCAAGCAGCAGAGGCGCGAGCUGCUCUUCAAUGAGGUGGUGAUCAUGAGGGACUACCGGCACGAGAAUGUGGUGGAGAUGUACAACAGCUACUUGGUGGGUGAUGAGCUCUGGGUGGUGAUGGAGUUCCUAGAGGGAGGUGCCCUCACAGACAUCGUCACCCACACCAGGAUGAAUGAAGAACAGAUUGCUGCAGUGUGCCUGGCUGUGUUGCAGGCACUGUCUGUGCUCCAUGCCCAGGGCGUCAUCCACCGGGACAUCAAAAGUGACUCGAUCCUGCUGACCCAUGAUGGCAGGGUGAAGCUCUCCGACUUUGGAUUCUGUGCCCAGGUCAGCAAGGAAGUCCCACGGAGGAAGUCACUGGUUGGCACACCCUACUGGAUGGCCCCAGAGCUCAUCUCCCGGCUUCCCUAUGGGCCAGAGGUGGACAUUUGGUCACUAGGGGUAAUGGUGAUUGAGAUGGUGGAUGGAGAGCCCCCCUACUUCAAUGAGCCACCCCUCAAAGCCAUGAAGAUGAUUCGGGACAACCUGCCACCCCGAUUAAAGAACCUGCACAAGGCUUCGCCAUCCCUGAAGGGUUUCCUGGACCGCCUGCUAGUGCGUGACCCAACCCAGCGGGCCACAGCUGCUGAGCUGCUGAAGCACCCAUUCCUGACCAAGGCAGGGCCACCAGCCAGCAUUGUGCCUCUCAUGCGCCAGCACCGUACCAGAUGAGGCCGGUACCUGGUCCUGAACCAAAGAUCCUGGGGUUGCCUGCCCUGCAGAAGCCAGUAGGAGGCUGGCCCACUCCCCCAGCCCAAGAGACACUCCACAUGCACCAUCAUCCAUAGUGUUGGGAACUUUGUGGGACCCUACUACUAAACUCUGUUGUAGGUUUCGUGACUUUAAAGCAAUGCAGGGUAAUGUGGGAGUGAGGUUCCCAAGGUCCCCCACCCUCUAGGGCAGACUCCCUCCCCUCCCCUGUGCUCGGUCCACAGGAAGGAGGAUGGCCACCCAUCACUGGAACUCUGCAGCAGGACCCACUGGGGCAGAAGUGACACUAUGAGGAAGAUGCACUGUGUGCAUGUGUGUAUGUGCAAGAGUGUAUGCAUGUGUGUAUGUGCAAGUGUGUGUGUGUGCGCGUGUGCGCGUGCCUUAAAAGUCCAGCUACUCUGUCCUCAGCCUACAAAUGGGAGUGUCAGUCAUUGCCUGGCACCCAGCCUUUCCCCCCUGAGCCAUUGUGGGGUCAAUCAUGAAUGUCUGAAUGAAGAGUGGCCUUUUCCUGGAGCCCCACAUACCCUACCUGUGGCUAGAAGGGACAGGGUAGAAUUUUCCUGAACCCCAGCCUCUGUAACAAAUGACUACUGCACCUGGACAGCCUCCGUUUUCUAGAAGUCUAUUUAUAUAUUGUCAUUUUAUAACACUAGUCCUCCCUGACCUAGAGACAAAUGAUCCCUGUCUUGAGGGGUGGCCCAGGAAAGAGCCACUUUGAAGAAUCAGGUUCCUGCCCUGACACCUCGUCCUCUCUCUUUCAAAUUAGUUUUACAAUUAAACAUUUUCUUGUUUUG